AUGUCAUCCUUUAUCAAGGCUUCAUCUACUCCUACUUUUUCAACUUCAUCAACAUCAUCCUCUCGUCCAACUCCUUCUCCCUCACUAACAAGGAUUGGUGGAAAUUAUAUGGAUAGAAACAAAUCACUCUUUCAAUUUUCAAUAGCCAAAAUUCAAAACUAUGAAAGAGUUUAUCAGAGAGUUCUUGUCGAUAGAAAACAAAAACAAAAAAACAUUAAGGCUUUAAAUAUUUAUUCGGACUUGGCAGAAUGUUUGAGAUUAUGUGGAGCAGCACCGACCAGUGAUCAAUUAAUGUUUCAUUUCAAUCAACAUUUAAAAUCUGGUGAUGAAUUCUUUACAUUUGGUGAUUUUCUUGAUAUAUUGAGUAGACAAUAUGAUUUGGAAAAAGAUGUCGAUUAUGAGGAUAUAUUUGCAAAAUUCUUUGUUUUGAAUAGUUUUGGAGAACGAUAUAUACCAAUUAAAGCAUUGAAAAAGCUGUUAUUUGAAAUGGGAGUUGAUCAAUUAAAAAGUGAAACAGAGUUUGAUUUAUUUGUAAAACAUAUUUUGGGAGAGGAGGAAUAUAAUCUUCAAAUGAAAAGAUGGGAAAAGAAGAAAUCUAAAAAUUCUCCCACUAAGAAGAAUGAAAAACCUCCUCCUAAAAAAGUUAAAUCAGAAGGAAAUGAUAGUGAAUUUUUCAAAGUAGAUGAAGAAGAGGAUUCAAGUUCAGGUGAGGAAAAGGAAGAAAAACCAGAGUUGUUUAUUUCUCUAGUACAAUUUUUAGAUUUAAUUCAAAAGAAAUAG